CGUGUCACUAAUCCUCCUAUGUUUUCAUUUUUUUCCCCUUUGAGCUUUUCACUUCUACGCUUCACCCUCUCUCUCUAUCUCUCUCCUCCAUUGAAGCGUACUCUGACUUCUCCAUUGAAGCGUACUCUGAGUUCUCCUCCAUUGAAGAAGUUUCUGAGGGCUUGAUGCUGGUUGCUUUGUUGGCAUUUUGAAUGAAUAUUGGAGCUUAAUGGCAAACUAUUUGGGCAAAGGCGUUCCCACAAAUGGGUCUAUUUAUGUUUGUAACUUACCUGAAGGGACUGAUGAUAACAUGUUGGCUGAAUUCUUUGGCACCAUUGGAUUGAUUAAGAAAGAUAAAAGAACUGGUCAACCGAAGAUAUGGUUAUACCAUGAUAAGGUGACAAACGAACCAAAGGGUGAUGCAACAAUCACCUAUGAAGAUCCACAUGCUGCAGCAGCUGCUGUCGAAUGGUUCAAUAAUAAAGAGUUUCAUGGAAAUGUAAUUGGUGUAUUCAUAGCACAGUCCAAGAAUAAGGGUGAUGCAGUGGAUGCAGGUAUACGUGCUGCUGCCCCGGCUGCUGUCCCUGGCGAUUUUAAUGAACCUGUUGGAGAUGUGGUGGACCUGAAUGGGGCUGGAGGAAGAGGUAGAGGGCGGGGUGAUGCUUCUGGAAAAGCAUGGCAACAGGAUGGUGAUUGGAUGUGUCCAAAUACAAGUUGUACCAAUGUGAAUUUCGCUUUUCGUGGUGUUUGCAAUCGAUGUGGAACUGCCCGGCCAGCUGGUGCCUCUGGUGGUGCUGGGGGUGGUGGUAGAGGAAGAGGUCGUGGAGCUACUGAUGCUGCAGGUCAUGCACGAGCUGCAACUGGUCCAACAGCUGGACUAUUUGGUCCAAAUGACUGGUCUUGUCCCAUGUGUGCUAAUAUUAAUUGGGCAAAACGUACAAAGUGCAACAUUUGCAAUACUAACAAACCUGGUAUCAGUGAGGGUGGUGUAAGGGGAGGACGUGCUGGUGGCUACAAGGAACUUGACGAGGAAGAGUUAGAAGAGACAAAGCGACGCCGGCGUGAAGCUGCAGAAGAUGAUGGAGAGCUGUAUGAUGAGUUUGGUAAUCUCAAGAAAAAAAUUCCGUGCAAAAGCUCAUGAAGCCGAUACAGGAAAGGUGCUUCCAGGAGCAGGGCGUGCAGGAUGGGAAACUGAGGAACUAGGUAUUUUUUUU